AUGGUAUCAGAGCAGAUCCUUUCAGACCUCCUGAAGAAGAUCAUCCCUUCUUCACUUCUACACAGGACGUCAUGAAGACUCUCAGCUGUACCGUGGGACUCACGCUGCUGCUCCUCACGGUGUACUACUGCUCUGCCAUGCCUGUUGCGAUGGAUGCACCUGUGUCGUGCUGCUUUAAAUUCUUCACAGGAAGGGUGCCGCAGCAGGACAUCAUCUCCAUCAUCAAGACUCACAGCCGCUGCCGCCAAAAGGCUUUUGUGAUCAGUGCUGCCAACGGGAGGGAUAUCUGUGUGAGCCAGAAUCUGCCCUGGGCAGAGAAAGCUUUCGACCAGCAAACCAUCUAGGACUGCUCAUACUCCAGUCCUCGUGAUCAAACAUCUGCAACUUCUCCACCUCCACUCAUGACAGAGCUCUGGCUGAUCUCUUUAGGAUGAUUCAAACCUAUUUUUCCAUAAAGCUUUGCACUGUGAACUUUCAUGCACCUAUUUUAAAUGUAAAAAAUUAAAAGUAAUUCUUCAGCAUGUUUAAUAUUCUGAGCUUUUUCAUUGGAUUGAAUGGUCCGGUCUUUCAACACGAGCCACAUCCAUGUCUGCCGAAGCACAGAAGGUGUGAUGAAUAAAUGAAUUUCAUAAACCCCAA